AUGUCUUUCCUCGAUUCUUUUCUGAACAAACUACGUGGGUCCUUCGGCGCUACUGUACCAAUAGAGGAAAUUCAGUUCAAUGAAGAAAACGCCGUAAAUUCGCCGCAAGACGAUGGAGACUACUUGAAGUUUGUGGUCAUCUCAGAUACGCACGGGCAGAUGGGAAAAUGGAUGGCCGGAAUCCCAGACGGUGACGUCUUGAUUCAUUGUGGGGAUUUUACAAAUAACGGAGAGGAAGAAAUGAUUCGUGAAUUCAAUCAGCAACUUGCCCAAUUGCCACAUCGCCAUAAGAUUGUGAUCCCUGGGAACCAUGAACUGGGGUUUGAUGCCAGAAGGAAAACCUUCUGCCCUGAAAAAUUGACAAUGGUCACAAAUUGCACAUUCUUAAUUGAUGAUAGUGUUGGGAUAGAAGGGAUCAAGAUCUAUGGAAGUUCAUGGCAUCCACUCCCCGGUUACGACUAUUACGUACCACAAGAAAAAUUGGUCGAAGAGUGGAAACGAAUUCCGAAAGAUACCGAAAUUCUGAUCACACAUGGACCGCCGAAAGGUAUUCUUGAUUGGUGUCACAACGAGAAAAGGUGUGGUGAUCCGGCCCUCCUAGCCGCAAUCCGAAAAAGGAACAUAAAGUAUCAUCUAUUCGGUCAUAUCCAUGAGUCAUAUGGUGCAAUGACCGAUGGGCACACAACUUUUAUCAAUGCUUGCCAAAAGGAUUGGGUCAAUGGGGAAUGCCAAAAGCCUGUUGUUUUUUAUUACAAAAAGAAGAAUGGAACG